AUGGUUUCCUGUGUGGGGCGCUCUGGCCUGCGCAGAUUGAGACAUCGUGACGGCCUUGCUAGGCUGCCGGAGGUUCCAGAGGGCGCCUCGCUGGUCGCGCGGUCAGUCAUGGCGACCCUGCGCAAAGCGCUGCUUGCGGCCGCAGUGCUGGGCGCCGGGGCUGGCGUGGGCACCGCGCUCUUUGUCGUCGUGACCCCGGGAGAGCAGCAGAAGCAGGCGAUGCUGAAGGAGAUGCCGGAGCAGGACCCGCAGCGCAGGGACGAGGAGGCCAGGACCAAAGAGCUACUGCUGGCCACUCUGCAAGAGGCAGCGGCCACGCAAGAGAACGUCGCCUGGAGAAAGAACUGGAUGAGUGGCGGCGGCGGCAGGUCAGCCUGAGACCAGAUCUGCCCCCGUGGGCGCCUGGACCUCCGCUCCAGCGCAGGAGCCCGAGCCGGCCUUACUCCUCUGUGGGCCGGCGGGGAGUCCAAAACCGGAUGCUACGCGCAGGCCUCUCAGGAACUUGGGGAGCUGCCGCCGGCUGAGCAUGUACCCCCCACCCCCACCCCGCCCCAAACCCUGCACUGACUGCAUCUUAACGUCUGCGUCUCGGACCGGGGCAUCAGAUGUGGCUAACUGGAGGAACCAAAAAAUCAUGUUACUCCAUCCAGAGAGAGUGAGCGCUGCGGUUGGACCCCCAUGAAAGCCUAAAGUGUUCUGGGGGUCGGUGCUGCGCGCGGGCUUGAGUGCGGCUCCCGCCUGCUCCACCCCCCAUGUGAGGCUGAAGCCCAGUAGGCAGAGCGACCACGUUUUCAAAACACAACUCAGGUCAUGUGGUUUGUGUGAGUGUACUUUUGGGGAUAACCAAGUGACGUUCUUGAAAUCAUAACUAUCCUGGAAACUCUUGUGCAAUAAAUGCCCAUAGAGGACACUCGGCUCCUGUUGACUGAGGUUGGAGAGGGCCUUCUAGCAAUUAACAUAUGCCAUGAUGCCUUCUGUGGCCUUAACCUUUGGAGGCCACCGUGGUCGUGGUCGUAGUCUUAGUAAAAAGAGUGUACUUUGACUCAAAUCUUGUUUCAACUCCUGCAUGUUACAAAACCUCUCUGAACUGCAGU